AUUUCUAAGCUUUUCGGCAUUUCCUAGCGCCCGCUGUCGAAACCACGACAAAACCGCGAAAUACCGCGGAGAAAAAUUCAUGAAAAACUGAAAAAACGGCAGUUCGACAGAACGUAGAAAAUAAAAAUCGUGCCAGUCCGUGAAACAUACCAUUUUGUUAUAUUCUCGGGGUUGAGUUACACAAAGUGCAAGUUUAAAGUUAUUUCCUUCUAAAAAUAGAGGAAGAAGUGAAUCAGAGAAGAUGCCAGCAGGUGCAGGAGAACGGAAGAAAUCCGAUGCAAACACAACCCAGCCGAGAGAAACUUUCAGGCCACCAUGGGUGAAAGACGGACCAUCCCCUCUACCCAUGCCAAACGCCCCUUGGAAGUCCAAGAACGUCAGGAGGGACAGCAAUACCAGCGAUGGCAAACCGGAAAACCCACUAGCCAAUGUCCAACUCAGAAAGACUUCCAUACCUAACAAAGAGGCACCCGAGAAUGGAACCAAGGACGUAACAUUCGUCAAACCUCCACUUAAACCUGUACCUCCAAGGGAAGUGUCCCCCAAACCAAAAGAGAAACUAAAAUUCGACGUCAAACUAAACAGCGUAGAGGAGAGGAUCAAGAAGGAACCUCCGAGGAGAACGCCGACCGUUGAAUCAGAACUGGAUAGGGAGAUACCUGCCUUGAGAAACAAACUGGUGCGAGAGGAAAGUUUGAGAAGACUAUCACAGACCCCUCCGGCACCUCCUCUACCACCACCACCUCCACCUUCGAUGCCCCCUGAUUUCAAAAGAGAUCCUUUGAGCAGAGAAAAACUGGAAAAGCUGGAGACUCUAAGAGCAAGACCCAAGACUCGUCCAGACUGGACGAACAUGCUCAAGGAAAUCGAAUCCAAGAAGGCACUGAAACAUGUACAGUGUAACGACAGAUCAACUCCUAUCUUACCAAGAUGCAAAUCCCAAAGUAAAACUGGCGAACAUUUCCUUUAUGAGAGCGAAAAAGCCCAACAAAGCACUGUACAUAAUGAACUUCUCCAACAGAUACAACAAGGGGUGGCGCUCAAAAAGGUGAAGACAAAUGAUAGGAGUAAACCACAACUGGAGGGACUAAGGAAAUUCCGAAGGCAAAUGACAAUAGAAGAACAAAUCCAGAAAUCAGUAUCCAUGGCCAGCAUACCACCGUUUUCUACUGAAAACGAAUUGCAGGAGGAGAUACCGGAUGAGAUGGAUGAUAUUGAUAAGGUCCGGGAUGAUCUUCAGAGUACAAAGCAAAUGUUGGCAUUUGAACUCAGGAAUAAAGAGGCGCAGAUCAGAGAAAAUAAGAGGCUGAUGACCAGACUACAAACUCUGGAAAUGGAACUGGAGAAGGAGAGGGCUAAGAAUAGGGAAAAUGGGGGUACUGGUGUAACCAGUGAGACUGCAGAAAAACAAAUAAAAUCCCUCCAACAAGAGGCAGACCAAGCAAGAAAAGUCAAAGAUGAGAUGGAAAAAAAAUACCAUGAGACUUCAGAUCAUUUAGAAAACACCAAAGCAGAGCUUGAAGAUGUUAAAAAGGAAAAACUAGAGUUGGAGAAGAGACUACAAGAUAUUUUACAAGUUAAUGGAAGUUACAUCAAUUGGAGCUACGGUAUAAUAAACGGAGGUAAAAGAGGUUCUCUAGCGAGACAAACCAGCAUUGCUAAUGGUGAAGAGUCAGUUGAAGAAGAAGAACCUGAAAGUAGUGAGGAAAGUGAAAAUGAUGAUGAAGAAACCAAACAGAGAAAACAAGAAAAACACAUCAAACUUCUAACCAACAAACUUAGAAACUACAAAAAUAAGGAGGACAAUGCCAAAAAAGAAAGAGUCGCUUUGAGGGAAAUAAUCAAAAAACACCAAAUUGCCAUCAGAGAGGAGAGAAAAAAAUACAGGGUAUUACAGAAAGAGGUAAAUAAGAUGGCUGCCUUAAUGAAGGAUGACGAAAGUGAAGAAGGAGAAGAUGAAGAAGAGAAAGAAGAAUCAGAGGAAGAAACAGAAGAAGAAGAAUCAAGUGAAGAGAGCGAAAGUGAAGAAAGUUGCGAUGAUAGUGCUUCUGAGAAAAGCAUGAGUGAACCAGAAGAUGCUCCACCAAACAAGAGGAAAGAAAAUUACUCAUCUAGAGUUAAGAGGCACGAAAGUAUCCUUGCUGCUCUGAAAAAGGGUAACAACAUGCUGAAAACCAAUGCUGAGCGACUGCAAGACGAUUUGAAUAAACAGAAGGAACAAACAGCUUCUUUACAAGAUGAUUUGGAUUCUGUACUCUCAGAACUGGGUUGAUUUAUAUAUCACAAUAUUACAAUGUAUAAAUAAAUUAUCAAAUUUU